CAGCCAUUCGUCUUCAAUGUCUGUUCUUUAUCUUCAGUACACUUUAUUACAGAGAAAUACAAGAGACAAUGAGUGGAACCUUAUCUCAGCUACCAAUACUUCCCUUCACAGAAAUGGCGUCUUCCAUUUCCCAAAUCCACCAAGCUCAUGCUCAUCUUCUCAAAACUGGUGUUUUCCCCAAUAAUACCUUCGUUUCAAACAAGCUCAUCUCUUUUGCCGUCUCAAAUCCCGACCCCAUCACCCUCUCUUACGCUCACUCCGUUUUCACUCACAUUACUGACCCAAACUCUUUCUCCUACAAUUCCCUCAUCAGAGCUUAUGCUAAUAGUCGUACCCCUGAAAAUGCUCUCUUCCUCUUCCGUCAAAUGCUUAAAGGAGGCCCUGUUUUGCCCGAUAAGUACAGUUUCACUUUUGCUUUGAAGGCAUGUGCUGGGUUUUGUGGGGUUGAAGAAGGGAUGCAGAUUCAUGGUCUGGCGUUGAAACUGGGGAUUGGGUUUGAUAUUUUCGUGGCUAAUACUUUGAUUCAUGUUUAUGGAAAAAGUGGGCAUUUUGGGUUUGCACGGAGCCUUCUCGAUAGAAUGGCUGACAGAGAUGUGGUUUCUUGGAAUGCUUUGUUGAGCGCUUAUAUUGAAACGGGAUUCAUAAGAUUGGCUCGUGGUUUAUUCGAUGAAAUGGAUGAAAGGAAUGUGGAGUCAUGGAAUUUCAUGAUUUCGGGGUAUUUAAGUUCAGGGUUACUCGAAGAAGCUAAAAGUGUCUUUGAUUCAAUGCCUUUAAAAGAUGUGGUGUCUUGGAAUGCUAUAAUUACAGGUUAUGCUCAUGCAAGUCGUUUUGAUGAAGUUUUGGAGCUUUUUGAAGAUAUGCAGCGUGAGGAAGUGAGGCCAGAUACUUGCACAUUGGUCAAUGUGUUGUCUGCAUGUGCUCAUCUUGGUGCUUUGGGCCAAGGUGAAUGGAUUCAUGGUUAUAUCGAUAAGAAUGGGAUAGACACCAAUGGUUUUAUAGCUACAGCUCUUGUUGACAUGCAUUCAAAAUGUGGGAACAUUGAUAAGGCUGUAAAUGUGUUUAGAAAUGCUUCAAAGAAGGAUAUUAGUACAUGGAAUUCCAUAAUUGUUGGUUUAGGGAUGCAUGGCUACGGAGAAACUGCAUUAGAGACUUUCUCAGAGAUGCUUAUGGAAGGUUUUGAACCUAACGAGGUGACCUUCAUUGCUGUUUUGACUGCUUGCAGUCGUUCCAGGUUCUUAAACGAGGGAUGCAAGAUGUUCAAACUCAUGGUUGAUGAUUAUGGAAUUGAACCAGCUAUUGAGCACUAUGGUUGCAUGGUGGAUCUCCUUGGUCAGGUCGGGUUAUUAGAGGAGGCUUUGGAGCUUGUAGAAACAAGGCAACUGAAAGAAGCUCAUGUGCUUUGGGAGUCCUUAUUGAGUGCCUGUAAAAACCAUGGUAAUGUGAAAAUGGCAGAGUAUGUUGCUAGGAAGCUCUUAGAGUUGAAUCCGCAAGAUAGUUCUGGUUAUGUUCAGUUAUCUAAUACAUAUGCAGCACUGAAAAGAUGGGAUGAUGUUUUAAAUGUGAGGAAAAAAAUGAAGGCCCUGAAAGUAAAUAAGGAGCCUGGAUGUAGCAUGAUCGAAGUAAAUGGCGUUGUUCAUGAGUUCUUAGCUGGUGAAGGAAUGAUUCUUGAAUAAAUCUGACAUUAAAAAAUCAAUCCAUUCUGCUGGAAAGUAGGAAUGAAGUUCUGUAGAUAAAUGAUAAAAGUAGUGUACAACAAAUUGAUGGUGCAUAAUGAAGUUGCAGUAGAAAAGGAGUCAUGAAUCUCACAUUCAUGGUAUGCUAGAGUUCGACGGGGAUGUGUCUUUUGUGGAUAAAACCGUGAUGCCUCAAUUGACAAAAAGCAUGAGACAGACAGGAAAUUAUGUCCAAGGAAUCAGAUUUUGAUGGAGUUAUGGACAUAGGCCUUUAAGUAAAGGUAGAUAUUCUUCUUGCAUAUGUAUGCUUGCAUUGCAUGUCAAGUAGCUUCUAGCCAAAAAUUAAAUUGAAAACCAACUUAUGGACCCUUUAAAGUUUGAAUUUAAAGCUAAAGUUGUAGCCUGAUGCAAAUUAGAAGCAUAUGUUUGUUAGUGUAAAUGUAGAAACUUAAAAGCGUUUUACGAUUUUGGUCAAUUCUAUGUUGCUUUGACUCUACACUUUCCUUUUAAAUAUCCGCAUUUGAAA